UACAGGACAAACAGCUGAUCUGCAGCACAGACCGUUACUUUGACAUUUGACUCUAAAACAAUGAAAAUGAAUGAAUCCGUCAGUGUCACAGUUUCCAGGAAGAAACCGAGCGACACGGUGGUGAAGCGUCAGCGGGUUUACGACUUCCUGUACGAUCCGGUUCACACGGUUUCAUCCGAGGUGGAUCAUGUCCGGUCCAGAGUCUCCUUACACAGAGUGCGGCGAGUGCCUGACUUCGGCUCCAUGUUCAGCAGCCUGCCGCACCACCCGGGGUACACUCUUCAGCUGGACCCCGCCGACCCCGUCCCAGCGUCUGUGGACCGAGGCUGGCGAGGCUACAGGGACCAGCACAGCGGGGCUCUGCAGCAGCUCACUGGGGCGAUUCCAAGAAGGGACGAGAGUCAUCGUGGAGCUGAUCGCUGGAAAUACUUUAAACGACCUCUGCUUACCUCCACACAGCGGCUUCCCCCUGACGUGAUCUAUGGUUUGCAACAAGAAAACUUUGUGACGGCUGGUGGACAGUAUGCAGCACAGCAGCCCACACACGUCACCGUGGGGGUGCAGACGGACUACAGGGAGAAUGAAACACAGACAGACCCAUACUGCCCCGAGUAUGUGAUCCGACCGGGGACGACUCCGACAGAGCUCCUGCAGCUCGCUCCUCUGACUUGGGGUCGCGGUCUGCCCGCAGGCCUGGCGGAGGUGGAGAUGAUCGAGCGGGCUCGGGCCAAACGAGUCUGGGAGGCGAGUCUCCCUCCGCUGGACGACCUGAGUCAGCUGGACAAGAGGAGGCGGAUGAUGGAGGAGAUGGAGGCCAGGGAGUGGGCGUUCAGAGAAGAAGAAAUCCAGAAGCUGCAGGAGUCCCGUCUGGUGGUGCUGACGGAGCUGUUGAGGCAGAGAGAUGAGGCCCAGAGAGACUUCACAGACCAGCGACUGACCCACAGCUACUUCAAGCUCCUAGACCACAGGCAGGGCAAACUACACAAGACCCACAACCACUACACCCGCUCCCUGAGGAAACUGCAAGCGAAGGGCAGGAACAUGAAGGGGCAGCUGAAGCAACUCGGCCUUAAAGACUCUGAGUUUGUCCCUCACUCCCUCAGGGGAACUUUCAACAGUGCUCACAGCAGUGCGCCAAAGAAACACCACUUGAACACAUAUGAAGGCCUCAACGACCUCGAGGCCCGAUCCUCGACCUCGAUCUGUCAGUUGCGGCUGAAAAGAUCCAAAGACGUCAUCAAGGACGUGAUCCAGCCGUCUGUGAAGAAAGCGUUAGAACAAAUGAAUACAUACAAGGCCCUGAGGGAGAAGAAGACGGAGAAGCCGUUACGGUUUCUGAUCAAGAAGGAGAAGCCGGUUCCUCGUCCCGCCACGCCCAUAGUGGAGGAGCCGCCAGAGGGAGACGAGGAGACGGAGCUCGCUGUCGUCCACCUGCAGAAAUUGCUGAGGGGAAAAAGCGUCCAGAACGAGAUGUUUAAGGGCAAAGAAAACCACAUGGAUCUCAUCCAGGAACUGAGGACGGUCCACGCCCUGCAGAGACAAGAGCAGCAGCUGCAGGAAACCGACAGAGAGCUGAUGAUCACGCUGAAGAAACAGAGAGACAAACAGAGAAUCAAGACCUCUCAGAACGAGGCGUCCCAGGCCAGAGUGAUCGGCGCAGAGCUGGAGGACAUGUUCGACACCUUGUCCAAGGAGCUGAUCCGUCUCCAGGAGGAGCGAAGGAUCCACGCCUUCACGCUCCUGGCCGAGAGAGAGCGCCGCACUCGGGAGGCUGAGGAGAGCGGCAGGAGGCAGCUGGAGGAGCACAGACGCAGAGAACAAGAUGAGAUCUUCAGACAAGUGGUGCAGAUUCACCAGGAAACUGUGGACUUCUACCUGGAGAGCGUCAUCUUGGGAUCUGUGGAGCAGACGGCGGACGACCAGGCCAGAGAGGAGAUCCGCAGGAGGGCGAAGGAGAUUAACGACAUAGUUUACGCUGCGGAGAAAAGCAGGAACAAACUUCAGUCGGAGGAGAUCGUGUCAGAGCUGGUUUACAGUUUCCUCAUCCCAGAGGUGGAGAAGAUCAACAUCAGGAGAAGAGUUCACGCGAGGCAGCAGAAACACUUGCAGGCCGUUCGGAGCAUCAUUAACGAGGCUGCAGAGGGUUCUGGGAUCCCUCCCUCCUCUACUCCUUCCCUCCUUCCCUCCUCUACUCCUUCCCUCCUUCCCUCCUCUCCUCCUUCCCUCCUUCCUUCUGAAACAGCCUCCGUUGAGGAGAUGAGCCGCCAAGAGCAGGAUCAGCGGCAGGAAGCAGAACCUCAACCUCACUGAGUAGAGACCUCAACGACAGCACCUACCGAGUAACUUGGAGAGGAUCUGUGUCAGAACCUGGUCCUCUCACUACUGGGGUCCCUCAAGGUUCUGUCCUGGGUCCUCUCCUCUUCUCUCUGUACACCAACUCUAUCGGCUCUGUCAUUCACUCA